AUGGAAGAGUCUAAAUUAUCUCAAUUUUCAGAGUCACCUUCGAUUUAUUCAUCAAUAAAGAUAAUAUUGAAGUCUUCUAAUGUUAAUUUACUUUUGAAUAUUGUUCCUUUUGGGAUUGUGAGCAAGUUUGCAAUUUGGUCAGAUACAUCGAUUUUCUUUUUGAAUUUCCUGGCAAUUAUUCCUUUAACGUGGCUGCUGUAUUACGUGACAAGAGAAAUUUCUUUAAGUGUUGCAUCGCCAGUUGAAUGGUGGUUAUGCAAUGUAUUUGGCAAUUUUGGCAACCUAGCUGAAUUUAUCACCUAUACCCUUAUGCUUUAUGAUGGGCUAGUUAGUGUAGUUCAAGCUGGAAAAACAUAUAUGUCUUUUUUAAUAUUGAUGGUUUUCGUGAUCACAAUCCCAACAGCAUAUUCUUCAACAAUUGUAGAUUCUGAUCACCAAACAGAAUUGGAUACAAAUCUUGGUUUGGCCGAAAGUUGGAAUAUCUCAACUAAAUUUGUAGGCCUUAUAUUAAUUCCAAAUUUUGGUAACGCAUCUGACUAUUUAAAUUCAAUUACUCAUACUCGAGAAAACGCAAAACUAGAUCUCG